AUGUGUAGGUGGUGGCCAGCUGAGAUAUGCAACCCUCGCCUGGUUCCCUCCAACAUCCAGAGCCUGAAGCAUGACAUUGGUGACUUUCCAGUCUUUUUCUUUGGCUCCCAUGACUAUUACUGGAUAAACCAGGGAAGAGUUUUCCCAUAUGUUGAGAGUGAUAAGAACUUUGCAGAGGGACAAGUUGGCAUCAAUAAGACGUUUAAAAAAGCACUUGAGGAGGCAGCAAAAAGGUUCCAGGAGCUAAAAGCACAGCGAGAAACUAAGGAGGCCCUCGAACAGGAGCGCAACUCUCGCAGACCCCCACCAUACAAACUUAUCAAGUCCAAUAAGCCAGUUGGGAAGGUGCAGGUGCACGUCGCUGACCUCUCAGAGAUCCCACGCUGCAGCUGCAGACCAACAGAUGAGCGUCCGUGCAGCCAGGACUCUCAGUGCCUGAACCGCAUGCUGCAGUAUGAAUGCCACCCGCAGGUCUGUCCGGCAGGUGACUGCUGCCACAACCAGUGCUUUUCCAAACGCCUCUACCCCGACACUGAGGUCAUUAAGACCACCGGCCGAGGAUGGGGCCUAAAGACCAAGCAGGACCUCAGAAAGGGUGAUUUUGUCAUGGAGUAUGUUGGCGAACUGAUCGACUCCGAAGAGUGCAAGCAGCGAAUAAGACAUGCCAAUGAGAACGAUGUGACCAACUUUUACAUGCUGACCCUCACAAAGGACCGUGUGAUUGAUGCUGGACCCAAAGGGAACUUGUCACGCUUUAUGAACCACAGCUGCAGUCCUAACUGUGAGACUCAGAAGUGGACAGUGAAUGGAGAUGUGCGGAUAGGGCUCUUUACCUUGUGUGAUAUCGCUGCAGGUGACGAUGACUUUAUUUUACCUGUGUAA